CGAAACGGUCAUGUUCCUUGGUGAUACUCCCUUCUAGUCUUUUUUUUUUUCCUCCCCUUUCUUUCCUUCACUCUAUUACUUUUCCUUCUUUUUUUUUUUUUAUUACAAAAGAUGCAACCUCAUGUUAUUCUAUUAAUACUAUUACUUUCUUUAUGGACUUACCAUUGUUAUGCAGCCUCACAAUGUCUUAGUUUGAAUACGUCAUUGGUAUGCUCAGCUUUUCAAGGAUACAGUGUAGAUAUAUGGACCGGACCAAUAUGGAUACGAAAUAGUACAACGAUUGAAAAUGUAGAUACUCGACUAGAUGCUUAUUCGAAACAACAGCAGUGGCCAAAAGAGAUGCCUUGGUGCCUCUCAACGACAACAAAAGUAAUGACAACGGCAACACCGGCACCUUAUCCGAGGUAUGCAAAUACUAUAUUAUGUGCUCAGUUGAUACAGGAGUCACCUGCUUGUAAUCCAGCCCCCUCUUCUCCCGUGCUAUGUGAUGAUACUUGUACUGGUUUUAUCAAGUCAAUCAACACUUCGUUCUGUCCUACUGUGAAUCAAACAAGUUUUAACCAACAUUGUCAAUCUGGAUCAUCCUCUUCUUCAAACUACAUAUCUGGAAAUUCGAUCUGUAUCAAAGGUGACAUCAACGAAAUACAAUAUUGUGGUUGGAAAAAGAAAAGUGAUGUUUGUGCAUCCUGUCAAGUCAAUCAAGAAGAUCCAUGUUGUACGACAAUGCUAUCUAAGUGUCCUACCUUUGAACAAUCUCGACAGGUCAUUGGUGCUAUCCUUGGUUCUGUGAUCGCAUGCUUCAUUAUUUUGGGAUGUGGGUUUUAUGGUUGGUAUAGAAAGGCUAAUAAGAAGAAUGAUGGUGAUGAUGAAACGAAGGUCGACAAUAAAUCCAGUGGGUUGGUACAGCAUUUAUCAAUGGAUGGCAACACCAGUGAAAGUACUCUUAUUGGACGAUACUCUAUCGAAUCGGACAAGAAACACGAAUACAAUAAUAAUGAUAGUGAUGAUGAACAACCACUUUCUUAUACAUUAGCCAAACGACAUGAAGAUGAUCAUUGUUUCUACGAAGCUAUCUAUGUCAAUGUUCCCCGACGACCAUUUGAUAUUGUAUUGAACAAAGGGGAUCUUAUUCAUCUACACUGUUAUACGGAUGAAGACUGGGGUAUUGGGUAUAAUUUGACAACUGGACAACAAGGAAGUUUCCCGAUGAUAUGCAUUCGUACUCUAACUCUGGAUCAAGCAUGGAAAAGGAUUGAUGAACAACCUUUGGAAAAACAACAAAUGAUACUUAAACACCGUGUCUGUUACUUUAUAUCAUCCAAUGAACAAGAACUUGAUUACAAUGGUGAUGACGACGAUGGCAACGAUGAUGAUGAUGAUGAUGAUGAUGAAACAACCUCACCUACAACUCCACCUAUUCACAACAAUAUGAUCAUCACUAAAAAAUAGAAUAGAAUAAAAACAGCAAAAGAAAAUACCAACCUUUGAUUCCCUUUGUUUUUUUUACAACAUGCUCUGCAAACAACAGCGUGGAUUUGAUUUUUUUUUUUUUACCCUUAGUUACUUGAUUAGUAAAUUUACUUAAUACACUUUAUUGAUAUACAUAUUUAUACAUAUUUGAUUCUACUGUAUUUUGAAAUAAAGUAAUAAAAAAAAAAAGGUUAUUCC